CGUGUGCGGUCUGAACAGUAGCGCACAUGCAGGCUGAAACAUGAAUUAUGAUUCUCGCAUCCCUUCCAGUCUCUUGAGAGACGCGCUAUAUUGUGAAAACUAGGACAUUUGGAUCACCUCUCUGCCCGAAUCAACUUUAUAACCUUUGCGCAAAAUGGAAUCGCUGUGUUUUGCCGUGUCGCUCUUCUGGUUUGUGCUUGUCGGGGGAAACAGAUCGGCCAGGGCCAUGCUGAGUGAUAUAGGGGACUAUGUGGGCACAGACAUUGAAAUAUCAUGGUUGCCUAAUCUGGAUGAUUUAAUGAAAGGCUAUGCUCGAAACUUUCGCCCAGGGAUCGGAGGACCACCUGUGAAUGUCGCCAUGGCUAUUGAAGUAGCCAGCAUUGAUCAUAUCUCAGAGGCCAACAUGGAGUACACCAUGACAGUAUUUCUGCGUCAGAGCUGGAGAGACGAUCGUCUUUCCUACAACCACACAAACAAAACUCUGGGUCUGGACAGCCGCUUUGUAGAUAAACUCUGGUUACCAGACACAUUCAUCGUGAAUGCCAAAUACGCCUGGUUUCACGAUGUCACAGUGGAGAACAAACUCAUACGGCUGCAGCCUGAUGGAGUCAUUCUGUACAGCAGCCGAAUUACAUCUACAGUGGCCUGUGACAUGGACCUUACCAAGUAUCCCAUGGAUGAACAGGAAUGCAUGCUGGACCUGGAGAGCUAUGGCUACUCUUCAGAGGACAUCGUAUAUCACUGGUCAGACAGUCAGAAACUUAUCCACGGCCUGGACAAACUGGAGCUGUCGCAGUUCACCAUCACAGAUUACCGCUUCAUCACAGAGAUGAUGAACUUCAAAUCCGCGGGGCGAUUUCCACGUCUCAGCUUACGUUUCCAGCUGAGGCGUAACCGAGGAGUUUACAUCAUCCAGUCCUACAUGCCCUCCAUCCUAUUGGUUGCCAUGUCAUGGGUCUCUUUCUGGAUCAGCCAAUCAGCUGUGCCUGCAAGAGUGACUUUAGGUAUCACCACAGUGCUCACCAUGACAACGCUGAUGGUCAGCGCUCGUUCGUCGUUGCCACGUGCCUCUGCAAUCAAAGCUCUGGACGUGUAUUUCUGGAUCUGCUAUGUCUUUGUAUUUGCUGCCUUGAUCGAGUAUGCUUUUGCUCACUAUAAUGCAGACUACAGCAAGAAGGAGAAAGCCAAGGUCAAGACAAGCAAGAGUUCAGAGUCUAUGGUGAAGAAUGGAAAGCAGUCCAUGGUUCUGUUCUCUUUGUCUGUGGCUGGCAUGAACCAGGACCUUGUGAUCUCAAACAGGCAGAAUCGAGCCCAGCGCUCCACCGAGACUCCUGCAGAAGCGCCGGAGGAGAGUGAGGUGCGUGCCGCUCAGUCCCGUCGAGCUCAGAAGGAAAACAGCGAGGAGAAGAAAUGCUGCAAGUGUAAACCCAUCGAUGCGGACACCAUCGAUAUCUACGCUCGCGCUGUCUUCCCCUUCACCUUCGCUGUGGUCAAUGUCAUCUACUGGGUGGCAUACACAAUGUGAAUGAGCUCUGCAUGUAUAUCCAUCCAUAAACUGAUGUGCCACCAAAUGAGAUUACGACGAUAUGGGAAUAUAAUGUAUCAUCAUUAUUUAACCGGAACAUUUAUUAGUGUGAUCUAUUAAGUAUUCAUAGAUAUUUGUAACUGAAGUGUGUUUCUAGCACACGUAUAUUUUCGUGUGUUUGCAUAGACGAGAAACAUAUAAUAUCAGUCUGCUGACAGCAUGACACAUUAGCCCUUUUACAUAUGAACAACUUUGGAGACAUACAAAUGUUAACAAAUAGUUUGAGGUUCAUAGAAUAUUGAGUUCAUAGGUAUUUAAUAAUUCAGUGCGAUUAAUUAUGUACAGUGUAUAUAUACUGUAUAAAUGUAUGUAUUUAUAUUGACCUGUUUCAUGUGACAUCCCUGUAUGACCGUGCCGCCAUGUGUGUGACCAAUAUUCUACAUACCAUCAUUGUGUUGUGCUGUGAGAUGUGACAAAAACCUUCUUCAGGAGUUAAAAGAAGCUCUUGCAUUCAUACAGACAGGAUCAUCAGUGACGUUUUUAAAUACUGUGACUAAAUCAGACCAGAAAACAGCACAAAAACAUUUGUAACUUCUGAAUGACUGAUGUUUACGAUCACUUUUGGUGCGAAAAAGAUGCGUACUGCUGCUGACCGGAAGCGAUGGUUUAUAGUUGAAAAGUACUUAAAUAUUGAUCUUUUUGCACCAAAUGUGAUCGUGUCACUUUAGAACACAUGAAUUUAUCCGCUGGAGUCAUAUCGAUGACGUUUAUGCUGACUGUCUGUGAUUUUUGGAGCUUCAAAAGUCAUAAGGACCAACUGAGCUAAGAUCUUUUUCUUCAUUUGUGUUCUGCUGAAGAAAGUAAGUCAUACACACCGGGGAUAUCAUGAGGGUGAGUCAAUAAUGAGAGAAUUUUCAUUUUUGGGUGAACUAACCCUUCGGGUUCUGUAUGUGCCUAAAGAUGUACAGUAGCCUACAUUGUACAUGUUGUUGAUAUGUUAAUGAUGUACAUUUCAGUAUCUAUCCAAAUGUACAAAAAUGCACAUGUAAACUUAACGGACAAAUACCUACAAACGCAAAAUAGAUCCCCCUGCAUUUGUUUAUAUAAUUAAAUGCUUUUCCAUUUAUAUAAAUAUAUAUAUAGACUGAAGUAGACUUUAGAGUACAUUGAAUGCAUUACAUUAAGUCAUAUUUGUUUUGGGGGAGUAUUGCAUUUAAAGAAGACUGACACAUACCUCUGCAUAUUUACAAUGACACUUUGUUGCUUUAAAAAGACAUUCUGCUAUUUGCAUUAAUUCAUUUAGUUGCCCUUCAGGCCAGAAACAUACUCUGCACAAGUACACGAGCACAGACGCCAGUACUUGGCCUAUGCAUUGCAACACUGAACAUAUUUGACGUGCAUUCUAGUGUUAUUGUAGCGGCAGUAAACCUCAGUAAUCAACUGGGCGGUCUGUGCCAUUAAUCUGAACAUGUUAUUAUUAUUGAGAUGUAAACAACAACAAAGUGUCAACAGUUGAACUGCUCAGCAAGAUUCUCUCCAGUUGGUUGACAGUAGUUGACUUGAGAGAGAAAAAAAAAAGUUGGCGCAACACUGAGAAUGCAGCAGGUCAUUUUGGAUCGCAACGACAUGUGAAACUUGCCAGGCGUAACCAGAGCGUCUGCUUACACGUGCAUGCCAAGAGUAUUUUUCAGGCCUCAAUUCCUUUCUCGUAUUUCAUUUUCAUUUAAUUUGCACCAGAGUCCCUUUUGGUGCUGGUAUGAAACAGAACUUUAUUGAAUCACACUUUUGCUGUCGUCAAACCCCCACCUUCUCCAUCAUUAAAUAUCUAACUGAAAA